GACCUCAACGGAGCGAAAUAAAAUUCGCGGGAUAUUGUGAGUUUGUUUGGUUUUUCUGCUCAGCGUUGAUCCUGAGAGUCACUGCUACAAUCUACGUCGUCGCUGUCGGCAAACAUGUGAAGGUGUAUAAGUUAUUAAGUGGUGAGCGCAGAGUAAGAAUCGGGAAAGAAACAGAAGAAAGCCUAAAGUGUGCGGCGUCAAGCUAACCUCUAAAGUCAGACGACGCAAUGGCGGUAGGCUCGACGAAGGUCGUCCAAGUGACCAACAUUGCACCUCAGGUCACUAAGGACCAGAUGCAAACGCUGUUUGGUUAUCUGGGUAAAAUUGAGGAUAUUAGAUUGUAUCCGACUAUCAGGGAUGUCGCUGUGCCCGUGCAGUCGAGGAUCUGUUACAUCAAGUUUCACGACCCCACCAACGUCUCUGUUGCCCAGCAUAUGACCAAUACCGUCUUCAUCGACAGAGCACUCAUUGUUACACCUUGGCAAAAUGGUGAUAUUCCUGAUGAGCAAAGGGCUUUGGAGCUUACGAACAAUGGCACUAUUGUUCCAGGGCUUUACCCUGCUGAACCAAAGCUUCCACCUCAUGUAGUCAAUUCAAUUGAAGGCAUCCCACCAAAUCAUGUAAUCUCUACAAUGGAUCCUAAGCUAGAAUCUAAUGGUUUGCCUUUGUAUCCAAACUUGCCUGGACACUUGGAUUCUAGAAAAAUUGAAGAAAUUCGUAGAACACUAGUAAUUGGUAAUCUAGAUUCUUCAACCACAGAGCAGCAGGUCAUAGAUUUCUUUAGUAGUAACAAUCUUGAGGUGAAAUAUGUGCGUUUGUGCACCAGGGAUUCUGAUAAUGAUCACUAUGCUCUAGUUGAAUUUUCUGAGCAAGGGUCAAUUGUGCCUGCUUUGCAGCUCAAUGGUCAAAAUCUCAAUGAUAAACCAUUAAAGAUGACUCACUCAAUACAGGCUAUUGCUAAGCCAGAAACUAAAAGUAAUGAGGCUGCUCAGAAGGAGAUUGAGGAAGCAAUGUCAAGAGUAAAGGAGGCACACAACCUUAUCUCAGCUACUAUUGAUCCUAUGAUAGGCAUGUUAUCCAAAGAUAAGCGUAGCCGCAGUACUUCUCGUGGUAGGAAAACAAGAUCGCGCUCCCGUGGUCGCUCGAGGAGAUCUCGCUCUCGCAAGCGUUCGCGGUCCCGUCAUCGUCGCUCACGUUCUCGUGGACACCGACGUCGCUCAAGAUCACGAUCACGCAAACGUUCAAGAUCCAGAGACUCAAGACGACGCAAGUCGAGAUCGCGUAAACGUAGUAGUUCUAGAACACGCCAUCGUUCAAGAUCCAGAGAUCGCCGAUCGAGGUCGAGAAGAUCAAGAUCCAGGUCCAAGGACAGAAAGAGGGACAGGAAAUCACCCGAGAGGAGAAAACGAAGUCGUUCACGUUCACGCAGUAGGCGUUCAAAAUCAAAAUCACGCUCUCAUCGCUCUCGAUCCAAAUCAAAAUCGAGAUCUUCCAAGUCCAAGUACUCAGAGAAAUCUCGCGAUAAAGAUAAGGACAGGGAUAAGGAUAAAGAACGAAGCAAAGACAAAAGUGAAAGCAAUGGGAAAAGUAAGAGCAGUAGCAGCAAUAGCAAAGACGAUCGGGAGAAGAACGAUGACAGCAGUCGUAGUUCUGAAAAGAAAUCCAGGGAUAAGGAAAAGGAGAGGAAAGCUGAGAAGGAAGAGAAAAAGUCAGAAGACAAAAGUCGCGCUAGUUCUGAAUACAGCGACAAACAAGAUAAGGAUAAACACGACUCUGAGAAAGAGAACGUAUAAAUUAUAUUUAUUCACGUUAGUGAAAGAAACAACUGCACAACUCGGGUACGCAAUUCCUUUUCCCCCCUCCUAAUUAUCCAUCGUGCCCGUUCCUUUGUUUUUAUCUUAUCUUUUUCGGUUGUUUAUUUUUGUAGUCGACAAAAAAUUCAGUCUGGCAAACGAUUUCAAUAACCCUUGUCUGUGUAAAAUAUGUCAUGUAUGGCUUUAAUUUUAUAAGUUUCAACUUUAUUUGUAUAAAAAGAAAAACAUACGAAGAAAUGAUUAUACUUUGAGAAAGGUCAACAAUGCAUUUUUCUAAGAUUUCUAUUAACUACCAGUCUCGCUCUGCUUUUCACAACAUACACAUUAUAUCUAUAUAUAUACACACAGCAG